AUGGGCGGAGCCGGAGCUCGAGGCCGGCGAGCUUCUCCUCGACGAGAUACGCAAGCUCUUCAACGAGCAGAACGCGUGGUUCGAUCGGCGAUUUGCCGUGUCGAUCCCGCCAACGCUUCGGUCGUGACCGCGCCCACGCCUUCCGCCACCUCCUCUGCCGCGCCAGCGCCCGCGCCCGCGCCCGCACCUUCCGCUGUCGACGAGCCGUUUCGCGCCGUGACGCUUCCUCCACCCUCUCCUUCCGCCAUCGACACUACUGACGGCGCCAACCCAUCCGCCGACCAGAAGCUCAUCCAGUGCGGCCCUGUCGACACCGAGUACAUCCCCGCCUCCGUGGCCUUCUCCACCUGUACCUUCAUAACCGCGCGCUCCUCCAACCUCACGAGCGAGAAGUUCGUGUCUGGGAAGGGCGGCGAUGCCACGGCUUACCCAGCGCCCAACGCCACCAUCUUCGCCAACCAGAUCCACUACAACGCCAACGCCGAGCCGUACCAAGAGCCCGAGGUCGAGGCCUCCGUGAGUCGGAGCACGCAGAUGUUGUUCGCGAUGGGCCAAAUCCUCUCCAUCUCAUCCAGUCCAAUCGUCUCCAACUCCGCGUCCUCGUCGGAGCCUGCCCGCCGCGCGCCACACCCCGCCCGUGCCACGCCCUACCCACCAGAUGCUCUCAAGGCUCGUGCCCCGCCGACUCGCCCUACAGGGUCUACUGCGAGCACACCGCCAUCUCCCACACGCUCAGCAUACGGGUCCGUGUGUGCCUGGCUCCGAGGCAGCAGCAGGUGCGCCGCGGGGACGAGGCAGGUUUCCGUCCCUCGUCGCCUGCGCCACCGUCGGCAUGAACAUCAUCUUCGUCGGCGCCAAAUGGCGCCGUGGAGCACGACUGGUGGCCUCGGUGACGUCCUCGGCGGCUUCCCGCCAGCCUGGUCGCGAAUGGGUCCCACGGGAUGGCUUGGUCGACACACGCUGCUGAAACCACACCAACGUCAUCAUCGACAUCUACACUUCCAGAGAAUUUUGCGAGUAUCCAAAGCAUUGGACACCUCACAGACCAACUUUGUUAUUGUUGUGAUAGCGUCCCAUUUCAGUAUGCCUGUUGGGCAUUCUUUUGAUAUGAAAUUGAUGGCUUGCAUCACGCUGAAAUUGCCUUCUUGGUUCUCUGACAUGGUGAUCACGAUUUGCAAAUUCUGCAUCAGUUUAUUACUGCCUCAGUUGAAGACAAUUGUGCCAGUCUCAGUAAUAGUUACUGUGUCAACAACAACAUGCUCUGACCAGCUGAAGCAUGGUGGGCAUCAGUUUGAUUCCAACUCUCUAUCUCAUGGGUUCCGCAUCAGUUUUUGGGGCAAAUUCUGUGAUGCAGUGGGACAACAACUGCAGUUGUGUACUUCUGGUUCAAACUCUAUACUGUCUCUCAAAGGUGUCCGCAUGAGUGAUUCAAAAGGCAGAUCUGUGGUCACAAUCAGCACAACGCAGUUGCAAGUAAAUCCAGAUUUUCCAGUUGUUGCAAGGCUGAAUCAGUGUGACAUAACUGAAGGAAUGAAUAUUGGCUGCAAUUCUCUGCCUCGGGAAAUAUCAACCAUGCACGGGAAUCAUGUGCUGAAAACAAUUGCCCAGAUCAAGGAUGAGAAACUGGGGCGAUCAGAUAAGCAUGACUUCAUCACUGUCCAGGCUGUACUUUCACAUGUGAGAGCUGAUAUAUUAUGCUAUCAAGCUUGUUCAUUGGAGCUUAAUGGUAAGCCAUGCUACAUAAAGGUGAUGAGAAAUGAUGAUGAGACAUGGUAUUGUGAUAGCUGCAAUCAGCACACUGAAGGUUGUGAGUUCAGGUACCUGCUUUUGUGUCAGAUCAAGGAUCACACUGGUACUACUUGCGCUACUGCAUUCCAAGAGGCUGGUGCUUCCCCUGCACUUGUCUGCAUUUUAGGAGCUCAAUUGAUUGUUUCGAGCAAAAGCUAA